AUGAAUAAUUUAUUAUUUUUAUUUUUACUAAUUAUUAAUUUAUCAAUUAAAGUAACAUUUUCUUACUAUACUUAUGAAUUAAUAUUCUCAAAUGAUUUUGAAGCACAAUUAGGGUGGAAAAAUCAUGAAUUUCCAUGUGAUAAUGAUAUUAUUACUUUUGAAAGAAAUAUAACAAAUAUUGUAACUAUUAGUCAGAAUUUUAAAGCUUCAUCUAUUGUAUUACCAGUUAAUGGUAUUCUAUAUAUUGAUGAUAAUAUUAAAAUUGGAAAAAAAGGUAAAUGGCAAUGUCGUAAAACAAAUAUUCCAAAAAAGAAAGUAUAUAAUAAUUUAUAUCAUGGAAAACCAAAUUUUUAUGAUUCAAUGCAUUGGAGAAUCAAAGAAAGAGAAUAUUAUACAGAAUAUUUAAGUACACAUAAUUUAUUACAUUUUCAACGUGUUCCUGAUUCUAAAUCAACUAUAAUAAUACCAUAUGGAGAUGCUACACAAAUUGAAACAAGAAAAAUGAUACAAUUUCAACGUUUAAUAAAUAGAUAUCAAGUAAGUUUAUAA